AUGAGCGCGCCGAGUCGAGAUGAGGGUGGGGAAAAGACCUACCCGGUGGUUGAUCGAGCCCCGGCGGCAAUGUUUCGAAUCGGAUCUGUGGACGAGCAACCGCAAGCCCUUACCCCUCAAGCCACGCUCACGCGGCCACCACUUCAUAAGCAAUCGUCGUGCACCAGAUCCGAGGCGGGCGACCUCUCCGAGCCGACGGCCCUGUUCCCGUCGAUGCGGCUGGUGCUGGCGGCACUGCUGUGCUGCUGCUAUAUGGCCCUUUCAAUCAGCACGUCCAACAUCUCGGUGGGCAUCAUUUGCAUGAGUUCAUGUCCGCUACAUCCCGGGCUUGGCGGCACGUUGGACUGGAAGGCAUCGCAGGAAGGCUACGUGCUGGCAGCGCAAAAUGCGGGUCACCUGUUGAUGUUGUUGACAGGGAUGUGGGCGGAUCGGUUGAAUGGAAAGUGGAUGGUGUUCGCCAGCCUUGUGCUGUGCGUAUCGGCCAACGCGCUGCUACCAUUGGCAUCACCGGUCUCAUUUUGGCUGGCCGUAGCUUGCCGGAUGGCGGUCGGGGCGGCCGAUGCGUGUCUCAUCCCCGCGGCAAAUUCUCUGAUUACCAGAUGGUUUCCACAAGCCGAACGAGCGGCAGCGAUUGGUAUAAUUUCUGGGGGGCGGCAAAUGGGCGGUCUCUUCAUACUUCCAGCCGCCGGUUGGCUGUGCACGCAAAAGAUUGCCGGCGGCUGGCCGGCCAUCUUCUACCUCUCGGCGUUGGUGUCGCUGCUCGUCAUGUUCUUCUGGCUGCCAUUUGGGGCGGAUAAGCCCUCGAAACAAUGCUGCAUCUCGGAGAGGGAGCGUCUUUUUGUGGAGAGCAGAAUAGCCUGCGAAUCGAUCGGAAAACGUACAGACCGAAGUCGGCGUGUCCCGUACCGGGCAAUGUUGCGUAGCAAACCGCUGUGGGCGAGCGUGUUGGCGAUGGUUUGCCACGAGUACCCGCUUGUCAUCAUGUUGCAGUUCCUGCCUAAUUAUCUUCGUGACGUUCUCGAAUUCCAACCCACGGAAAAUGGGAUCAUUUCGGCCCUCCCGAUGUUAUGUCUAUUUCUUUCGAAGACGUUCACCUCAUCCCUCUCCUCAUAUCUAAUCGUACAACGCGAGUUCGACAAGACUACGGUGUGCAAGGUCUUCAACGGUAUCGCCUCUGCCGGGCUGUCGAUCUGCAUCGGCAUCGUGCCCUUCUUCAAGAAGGACCACGCAGCGUUGGCGGUGCUGUCGUUGUGCGCGGCCAUGUUUAGCGCAGGAAUGCACACGCCAGGCGUACAAACAGCCCUCGUCCAAUUGGCGCCACCCUUUUCGGGGAUCAUCACCGGCUGGACGUACUUUGCCGUCGCCUGGUUCGGUAUCGGCAACAAGAUAUUGACAAAGAGGAUUGUGCAACAGGGUUCUCCCACCGAAUGGGCCAUCGUUUUCCAAGUGGCGUCGGUGGUUGCGGCCCUACCUGUCGUUGUUUUUACAAUUUGGGGCUCGGCCGAUCGUCAGAUCUGGGCCUCCCCCUCGUCAAAGCUGUCCGUGGCGUCGAUGUACGUGCCGAAUCGCGUCGCUUCGGCCAACGGUGCCCAGAUGAAGCGGGUAUCUAGUCAAGGGUCGUGGAAGUCGGCGUCACUUCCGAAACGGGCAACCCCACCCCCGAUAAGAAAAAUCUCGACAAAAACGCCGCUCGGCCCGCUGGACGCCGCGCAACUCCGGACGGAA